GAGAGAGAGAGAGAGAGAGAGAGAGAGAGAGAGAGAGGUGGAAAAUCAGACAUUCGUAGUGUUUGACUGUUCGUCUUGCAUGUGAGCACCGGAUGAUGGCUUUGUUGUGAGAAAAGGGUUAUAGUUUGUUUGUAGUUUUCAGGUGAAUAGAUAGAUAGAAUUACACCCCUCUCGGAGACUUAAAAGCAUCAAAUCCAAGAACCAAAUAGGAGUUUCUGUCAAAGGAGAUAUGAUGGAUCCAUCUCAGUAGAAGCAAAAGAUGAAAUACAUUUAAGAGAGAACAUCAUACUCCGAUCAAGACAUCAAAAAAAAAAAAAAAAAAAAAAAAAUCAGUCGAAAUCAAAUUUGGGCAGUCCUUCGGCUUCCUUGGGGUCUGUUUUAAUUCCAAGAAAAAAUUGAUUGAAGUACUGGGAGAAGAUGCUAAAUUUCUCAUUCUCCAAGAAAGAAGGUGAUCAGACCGCUGCUCAGUCAUUCACACCUAUGUCUAUAACUAGCUCUUCGCUGUGGAAUUCCACUGAUCAACCAGAAAAUCCUCUUUCUGGGAGUGCAGAUACUGGACAAAAAUCUGCACCCCAACGUGGUUUCCACAUGAAGCAAACAGAAUCUCAACUUCAAGAUCAGGAUAACACUUCAACUCUAUCAACUGGCCAAUCUGAUCAUACAGUGGCUGCAAUGACACCAAGCAAUUGUCACAUGCCAAAAGUUGGACCUCAACCUGGCUAUGCUGAAAUCCAUGAAAGGCAAAUGAAGGAUUGCUCUAUAAAGCCAUCUCAGCCACAUUUAGAUGAAGAUUGCACCAUUCAUCAAGGACAAUUGGAUUUUAGCCAGUCCAUGGGUUGCCUAUCUUGGACUGAACCAUAUCUUGGGAGGCUGGUAGCUACUUAUGGACCAAAUGGUAUUAUUUAUCCUCAAAUGGUUGGAAUUGUACCUGCAAGAAUGCCACUUCCUUCUGAAUGCGCAGAAAGCAUACCUAUUUAUGUUAAUGCGAAACAAUAUCGUGCAAUUCUGAGACGGCGAGAAAUCCGUGCUAAGCUUGAGGCGGAGAACAAAGUUGUCAAAGUGAGGAAGGCAUAUCUUCACGAGUCUCGACAUGUUCAUGCAUUGAAGAGAGCAAGGGGUUCUGGAGGCCGUUUUCUGAACAAAAACGAACUACAGCAACUCAAAUCUGCUGCAUCUCCGACCCACGGGAAAACUAAUACCUCUAACCAAAAGGGCGGUGGAGACAUAUCUGCAGGGUCUCAACUUCAGCAUUCAGAAAGCGGGAGUUGGGGGACUUCUUCUUCUACCCCAUCCGGCUCUGAUGUCACAAGCAUCUUUAGCGGUGAUGGCAUUUUCCAGCAGCCGGAGUUUAGAGUCUCCCGCUCUCCUUAUCACAUGGGCGUUUCUAUGCAUGAGGCCGAAAACUUUGUGCGUAGAAGAACCUGAGAACCAUGUUCUACUGUCCAUGAUAGAUGCACGACGAUAAUGUUAUGGUCUAUGAAUGGAUAGUCGGCAGUUCAUCCCUGGCUAUGUUACUACCAACAGUUUAGUUUCCUCAGUAUUGAAAUGACUAACACAGAGUUCGUUCCUCGUGGUCUUUGCAACUUUAUUUUUCGUCACUGAAUAAAGUGGAAAACACAAGUUUGAUGUGUGUUAAGAUUAUGCAUCCCUGUACUUGUUGACAAGAAGAAUAUGAACACUGUCAUUCUACAAUCUUUGCUCUAAAAGCAAAGAGAAAGGAUUAUUAGGUGAUUAUCUUGAUGAUGUUUCUGUGACA